AUGACUAGAGUAGUGGUUACGGGAGUAGGUUUGAUAUCACCGUUGGGAGUAGGUUUAAAACAUAAUUGGUCGCGACUUAUUGCUAGUGAAUCAGGCUUAAUUUCCACAACAAAACUACCCAAUUAUUCCCAAGAUGGAUGGGACAAGAUCCCAUCUAAAGUAGUAGGCGUAGUACCCGAAGGGCCUAUAUCCGAAGGUAAAUGGGAUCCAUCCGAACAUAUCACCCUGGGAGAGAUUAAACGAUUGGCAAAAUUUAGUCAGUAUGGGAUAGCAUGUGCUCAAGAAGCAAUUAAAGAUUCGCAAUUGGAAGUGACAGCAUUAAAAAGCUCGACAUCUAUUGGUGUUGCUGUUGGGAGUGGCAUUGGCUCUUUCCAGGAUGUGUAUGACAACACCACUGCUUUCAACCUAGGUGGGUAUCGAAAGGUGCAACCGUUGUUUAUACCUAAACUACUAAACAAUAUGGCGGCAGGAAACAUAUCGAUAAAAUACGGGUUUAAGGGCCCAUUGCAUUCAGUAUCAACUGCAUGCGCUACUGGUUUACAAGCAAUUGGCGAUGCCUAUAACUUUAUCAAGUUGAACUAUGCCGAUGUCAUGAUUUGUGGUGGCACUGAAUCAUCAAUCCACCCAUUGGCAUUAUCAGGGUUUGCUAGAGCACGAUCGUUAGUCACGGACUUCAAUGAUGAGCCAAGUAAAGCAAGUCGGCCGUUUGAUAAAGAUCGAAAUGGAUUUGUGCUAAGCGAAGGAUGUGGUAUUGUUGUAUUGGAAAGUUUGGACCAUGCAUUAAAGCGUGGUGUUACACAGGAUCAGAUUUACGGUGAGAUCUUGGGGUACGGUUUAUCGGGGGAUGCAUAUCACAUUACAGCUCCACAAGAAGAUGGCGAAGGGGCAUAUAAUGCCAUGAGCCAAGCUUUAACUCGUGCUGACAUCAACCCGGCUAAAGUAAACUAUAUAAAUGCCCAUGCUACAUCAACUACAAUUGGCGAUCGCGCAGAGAACAACGCUUUGUUUCGCUUAUUCCCUCAACUGACGCUAGUUUCAUCGACGAAGGGAGCCAUAGGUCAUUUGUUGGGAGCUGCUGGUGCAGUUGAAUCAAUCUUUACAUUACAGGCAAUGAAAACAGGUCAGAUUCCACCCACGUUGAACUUGGAUAAUCCUGGUGGUAAACAAGGAGAUGAAGAGGAGAAGUUUGGAAAGUUUGAUUAUGUUGCCAACAAAGCGAAAUUGGGCGUUACUGUUGACUACGCCAUGUGCAAUUCAUUUGGAUUUGGUGGAGUUAAUAGUAGUUUAUUACUUGGGAAAUAUCACGACAGAAAGUGA